AGCAGAAUAAGCAGACGAGGAUGAUAGGAUAACGAACUCUAAAACCCUACAGAGUAGAAACUUCUCUCACUCAAUCCUCUUCACCACAAGAGAUCCUGGAGGCCUUCUCAUGGCCAUCCUGGCUCUUCCACUCGUCAUCUCCUUCGUUAAACCCUCCCCUUAUCCUCCGCUUUCGCGUUUGGCCGGCAACUUCCUCUACCGACGGCUAUGUAGACCACCGCCCAUCGGUCGCCGUGGAUUCUACCGGACUUCCGUCUCUGCCACCACUGCCUCCGAUGUUCAUCGUCAUUCUUUCAAUAAGCCUGAAGGUGGAGCGCGCAAUGCCUCCAUCCCUACGUUCCAACAAGCAAUCCAGCGCCUCCAGGAAUAUUGGGCUUCGGUGGGAUGCGCUGUUAUGCAAUGCAGCAACACCGAGGUUGGAGCCGGGACGAUGAACCCUUUGACAUUCUUGAGGGUUCUUGGCCCUGAACCCUGGAAUGUUGCCUAUGUGGAACCGAGCAUACGUCCGGACGAUAGUCGCUACGGAGAGAACCCAAAUAGACUUCAAAGGCACACUCAAUUUCAGGUUAUAUUAAAACCUGAUCCAGGAAACACUCAGGACCUCUUUAUCAACAGUCUUUCUGCUUUAGGCAUUGAUGUGAGUGAACAUGAUAUACGAUUUGUGGAAGACAACUGGGAGAGUCCGGUGCUCGGUGCUUGGGGUUUGGGGUGGGAGAUUUGGAUGGAUGGAAUGGAAAUCACACAAUUUACUUACUUUCAGCAGGCUGGAAGUCUUCCUUUAUCUCCAGUAUCUGUUGAAAUAACUUAUGGGCUUGAGCGGAUACUUAUGUUACUUCAGGGAGUUGAUCAUUUCAAGAAAAUCCAAUAUACUGAUGGAAUCACUUACGGGGAACUCUUCUUGGAAAAUGAGAAGGAAAUGAGUGCAUAUUAUUUAGAGCAUGCUAGUGUGGAUCAUCUUCAAAAGCAUUUUGAUUAUUUUGAGGAAGAGGCACGUGCCUUGCUUGCUUCAGGCCUUGCAAUCCCUGCGUAUGAUCAGCUUCUCAAGACAUCUCACACCUUUAACAUCUUAGAUGCCAGAGGUUUCAUCGGCGUAACUGAGCGUGCCCGUUAUUUCAGUCGAAUGCGCAACUUGGCUCGCCGAUGUGCCCAACUGUGGCUAAAGACAAGGGAGUCUCUUGGGCAUCCUCUUGGUGUUGUUUCUGAACCUGUUCAUCUCAUCCGACAUGAAGAUGCUUUGAAAAAUGUUUUGGAAAAGGUUCCUGAGGAAUCAAGGUCUUUUAUUCUUGAAAUAGGAACUGAAGAGAUGCCGCCUCAAGAUGUUGUUAACGCAAGCGAACAACUCAGGGAUUUAGUGUUACAGUUACUAGGGAAGCAAAGAUUGGACCAUGGUGAUGUGAAAGCAUUUGGGACCCCCCGUAGGCUAGUGGUCUACGUAUAUAGUCUGUCUCCUAAGCAAUUGGAAAAGGAGGUUGAAGUUCGAGGGCCUCCUGCUUCUAAAGCAUUCGAUGAUCAAGGAAAUCCUACCAAGGCUGCUGAGGGGUUUUGCCGUAGAUACGGUGUUCCAUUCGAAAGAAUAUUUAGAAAAGUUGAUGGUAAAACGGAAUAUGUUUACACAAGGGUUACAGAGUCAGCUCGACUUGCUUUGGAGGUUUUGUCAGAAGAUUUGCCUGCUAUACUAACUAAAAUAUCAUUCCCAAAGUCUAUGCGCUGGAACUCAUCAGUAUGUGACUUCAGGCCAAUUCGCUGGAUCAUGGCCUUGCACGGGGACCUGGUUGUGCCAUUCUGUUUUGCAGGGCUUUCAAGUGGAAAUGUAUCAUUCGGACUUCGCAAUACUGCUUGUGCAACACUAGUGGUAAAAAGCGCAGAAUCUUAUGAAGAAACAAUGAGGAGUGCUGGAAUCAAUAUUAAUAUUGAGGAAAGGAAAAAAAGAAUCAUUCAGCAGUCAAAUGCACUAGCAAAAAGUGUGAAUGGUUGCACUGUUGUCCAGGAGAGCUUACUUAAUGAGGUCGCAAAUCUCGUUGAGACUCCGGUACCAAUACUUGGAAAGUUUGAAGAAUCAUUCUUAGAACUUCCAGAAAACCUAUUAACUAUAGUUAUGCAGAAGCACCAAAAGUAUUUCGCUGUUACCGAUGAAAGUGGAAAGCUGCUGCCUUACUUUAUUGCUGUUGCAAAUGGUACAAUAAACGAGGAAGUGGUGAAAAAAGGAAAUGAAGCUGUCCUCAGAGCACGAUAUGAGGAUGCAAAAUUUUUCUAUGAGAUGGACACAAGUAAGAGGUUUGCUGAGUUCCGGGAUCAGUUAAAGGGAAUUGUUUUCCAUGAGAAGCUUGGGACAAUGUUGGAUAAGAUGAUCCGUCUGGAAAAGAUGGUAACUAAGUUAAGUUUGGCCUUGGAAGUUGGUGAAGAUACACUUUCAAUUGUGGAGAAUGCUGCCUCACUUGCUCUGUCAGACCUUGCAACUGCUGUUGUUACAGAAUUUACUUCACUCUCAGGAAUUAUGGGUCGUCAUUAUGCACUCAGAGACGGCUAUUCAGAGCAGAUUGCGGAGGCCUUGCUCGAAAUUACACUUCCUAGAUUUUCUGGAGAUAUCCUUCCAAAAACAAAUGCAGGAAUGGUUCUGGCAAUAGCUGAUAGAUUGGAUAGCCUCGUAGGCCUAUUUGCUGCUGGUUGCCAACCAAGUUCGACCAAUGAUCCUUUUGGACUUCGGAGAAUAUCUUAUGGCUUAGUCCAGAUUUUGGUUGAAAAGGAUAAAAAUCUCAACUUCAAGCAUGCCGUAGAACUUGCAGCUAGUGUACAGCCGAUUAAUGUUGAGGCUGGCAUUCUAGAAGAUGUGUAUCAAUUUGUGUCUCGAAGGCUAGAGCAGCUUCUGGUUGACAAGGGAGUAAGCCCUGAAGUAGUCCGGUCUGUCUUGGCAGAGCGUGGAAACUGGCCUUGUCUGGCUGCACGUACCGCAUACAAGAUGGAACAUCUGUACAAAGGUGAGAUUUUUCCGAAGGUUGUAGAAGCAUAUUCUCGUCCCACAAGAAUUGUGCGUGGGAAAGAUGUGGAUGUCGGAGUUGAGGUGGACGAGUCGGCAUUUGCGACAGAAGAAGAGAGAGCCUUGUGGAGCACCUACAUCUCCAUCAGAGACAAAAUUCACACCGGCAUCGAGAUUGAUGACUUCUCCGAGAUUUCCUCACAGCUGCUGGACCCGCUCGAGAAUUUCUUCAACAAUGUCUUCGUGAUGGUGGAAGAAGAGAGAAUAAGAAACAAUAGGCUGGCUCUUCUGAAGAAGAUUGCUGAUCUCCCGAGAGGAAUUGCCGACCUCUCAUUUUUGCCUGGUUUCUAAUAUCUUCGUUUCAUAUAUGUUUGGAUAUACACUCGCCAUUGUUGUAUGUUUUCUGUAAAUUUAUCGUACUUACAAUUCUUUAUUUAAAACUUGACAAAUAAAUAUCAUAAUCAUUCUCUGGUUAUA